GUCGGUAGAGGCAGAAGGGGAAGGUUGGUCGGGACGCUGAGGUGGCCUGCUGCUGUCUCGUCGGUGCUCGUGGGCUUCGCUCGUUCCGUGCCUCGUCGCUCCCUGGAAGGGGAGGGGGCUUCGACGCCGAGCAGGAACCGCCGCCGCCGUAGUCCCGGGUUCGAAGUCGCUAAGACUUCUCUCAAACUUGUGUGCUGAGGAGACUCAGAUGUUGGCCUCAGCUCCUAGGCUGAACUCAGCAGAUCGGCCCAUGAAAACUUCUGUAUUGAGACAAAGGAAAGGAUCUAUCAGAAAGCAACAUCUAUUAUCCUGGGCGUGGCAGCAAGGAAGAGGACAGGUGGUGGAAAUCCUGCAAUCUGAAAAGCAGACUGAAAGGUGACAAAGAAGCUGAAGAUGGGUGGUGGAGAGAGGUAUAACAUUCCAGCCCCUCAGUCUAGAAAUGUUAGUAAGAACCAACAACAGCUUAGUAGACAGAAGACCAAGGAUCAGAAUUCCCAGAUGAAGAUUGUUCAUAAGAAAAAGGAAAGAGGACAUACUUAUAAUUCAUCAGCAGCUGCAUGGCAGGCCAUGCAAAGUGGGGGGAAGAACAAAAAUUUUCCAAAUAAUCAAAACUGGAACUCUAGCUUAUCAAGUCCCACCUUACUUUUUAAGUCUCAAACUAAUCAGAACUAUGCUGGAGCCAAAUUUAGUGAGCCACCAUCACCAAGUGUUCUUCCUAAACCACCAAGCCACUGGGUUCCUGUUUCUUUUAACCCUUCUGAUAAAGAAAUAAUGACAUUUCAACUUAAAACCUUACUUAAAGUACAGGUGUAAAAUGAGAUAAAGUAUUAAUGUGUUUAAAUUUAGUCAUAUUUAAGGAUAAUUGGCAAUUGUCUCAGACCAAAUUCACUAGGGAAUUGAAUCUGUAAAACUGCUAAUUAAUGUAGAAAAUAUAAUCAGACUUAACUGCUUUGUGUGUUAUGUGCACUGUGAUGGUAGAAUCAGUGCAACUUAAA